CUGCGUCUUCAUGGUUAUUUACUCCCUUCUGUCUCUCUCUCCCUCUUUCUUUGGCGUCUGGCGUAACGGAUUUGCUUCGACGAAAUUGAUCGGGAUUUGCGUGAAGGAGAGGAGGACGAAGGGGUUUCGCCUUCCCGAUCGAUCUCGCUUGCUCUCCUCGCUGCUUCUCCGUCGAAGCCAUGUCGAGGAAGCGGAAAUCGGACGCGUCGGGACUCGACGAGGCGGAUCGCACGCUGUACUCCACCUUCUGCGGUGCAGCCAAUUCGCUGUCGCAGCUCUACACGCAGGCCAUGAACCAGCAGAAGGUCUCCUUCCAGGCCGGAGAGCGCCAUGCGCUGGACAAGCUUUAUCAAUGGAUCUUGAGAAAGCAUGAAGAAGGGUCAAGGAUCACAGUGGCUGAUAUAGUGUCCCAUAUUCAGACUGAGAUGGACUAUGCUGUAGAAGAUGGAUUAGCAGCCUCAAGAGCACCAUUUCAGAACCAACAACCACCCACGACAAUGCAUCCUAUAAGUUCAGUUUUCCAAAGUCCAUCUGGUUUGUUUGGGCAGCCAACUGUUGGACUUCUCUCUCGAAACGGUCACACUGAUCAAACAAAAAACUCCGUUUUCGCAAAUGCUCUUUCCAGCCCUGUACGCAGGAGCCUUCAGCCGUAUCACCUUGCCAACGGAAGCGGCUUUUACACGAACGAUGCCCCACCUUCUGGAAAUGCAGGAACCAGGAACCAUGAUUCGGAUCAAAAUCGGGACACAAAUUCUCUCAGCUGCUCCGAUACGACCAUGGACAUUCAUACAGAUAGCCCACCUCAUCAAUCCUAUUCAUAGUUUCGCCACAAGAAUGAAGCUGAUGAGUAAUGCAAAUCAUAUGUAACUUCCCUAUCCCUCUCUGUGCCUCUUUUUCUCAAGUGCUCUAAAUAGUAUGUGUGGGCUUUGUUUAUGAGUCUGGUAAUUGCUUUGUAUAUGAAAAAAGCUUCCAUGGUUCAUAAACCUACUUUCCGAAGCCUACAUUCUUUUUUUGCUUGCAUUUAGGAUUUAUUUUUCAACUUUUGUUACAGAUUUAGGUGGUCGUCCGCAUGAACUUGAUCAAGGUUAUCAAUACGUUAUCAUGAUCAAGUCAUGUUUUUACCGUCUCAUGUGAGAUUGCGGAUGAUGUUUUUUUUUUUUUUUUUUCAUAACGUGGUCGAUUCGGUAAAGAAUAACAUAGAUUGGAGGAUUUAUUGAGAGU